AGGCAUCACCACUGUACCGCGCCAUACAAAAUCAUCGCCCCUGUACCGCAACAUUACGGAGGAAUCGCCGCUGUACCGCAACAAUAUAAAGUUAUCGCCACUGUACCGCAACAGUACGAAGUCAUCGCCGCUGCACCACAACAGUAUGAAGGCAUUACCACUAUACAGCAACAAUACGAAGGCAUUGCCACUAUACAGCAACAAGACCAAAACGUCGCCGGCGUACAACAGAACAAAUAUGUUGCCACUGUACAGCAACACGAUAAAGACGUCGCCGUUGUACCGCAGCAGUACAAAGACAUCGCCGUUGCACCACAACAAUAUGAAGAAAUCGCCAAUGUACAGAAACAGGACAAAGACGUCGCCGGUGUAUUGCAACAGGAUGAAGGCAUCGUUGCUGUACCACAGUAUAAAGUCACUGCCACUGUACAGCAACAAGACAAAUAUAUUUCCGAUAAAUCGCAGCAAUACGAAGACAUCGCCGUUGUACCACAAAAGUACGAAGAAAUCGCCACUGUACAGCAAGAGGACAAAGACAUCGCCGUUCUACCGCAACGGUACGAAGGCAUUGCCGCUGUACAGCAACAAUAUGAAGGCAUUGCCACUAUACAGCAACAGGACAAAGACGUCGCCGGUGUAUUGCAACAGGAUGAAGGCAUUGCUGCUGUACCACCACAGUAUAAAGUCACUACCACUGUAAAACAAGAAAACGAAUCCGUUUCCGAUGAAUCGCAACAGGACGAAGGCAUCGAUGUUGCUCCACAACAGUACGAAGACGUCAAAGACUUCACCGCUCUACAGAAACAAGAUGAAGGCAUCGCCGUUGUACAGCAACAGGACGAUAAUAUUGCAUCUGUACAGCAACAAGAUGAAGGUGUUACCGCUGUACAGCCACAGAACGAAACCGCUCUACAGCAACAAGACGAAGGCGUCGCCGUCGUACAGCAACAGGACGAAGAUGUCACUGCUGUACAGCCACAGAACGAGGGCGUCGCUGAUUCAAUGCUGUACAGACCGCUGCCAUUAGACCUAGACACUGACAUUAUACAGCAAAAAGACGAAAACAUCGCCUCUAUACAGCAACAGGAUGAAGAGGUCACUGCUGUACAGCAACAGACCAAAGACGUCGCUAGUUCACUGUAUAUACCUUUGCUACAGGACGUAUAUACCGAUGCUGUACAGCAACAAGACGAAGGUGUCGCCGUUGUGCAGCAACAGGACGAAGACGUCGCCGCUGUGCAGCAACAGGAUGAAGGUGUUGCCACAGUGCAGCAACACAACGAAAGCGUCGCUGUACAGCAACAGGACGAAUACGUCACCGCUAUAGGUCAACAGCCCCUUGAUAGUGUUGAAAAGGUUAUCCAUUCUGCGGACAUACAAGUAUCAGACAGAAUUAAACGACGACGCAAGAAAAUCAAUUAUUUGGAACAGGACGAAGACGACACUACUGUAGAGCAACAGCCCCUUGACAAUGAUGAAAGAGCUAUUCAUUCUGUGGACAUGCAAGUAUCGGACAGAAUCAUUAAACGACGACGCAGAAAAAUUAAUUAUUGGAAACAGGAAAAGGACGACACUGCUGUACAGCAACAGCCCCUUGACAGUGUUGAAAAGACUAUCCAUUCUGCGAAUAUGCAAGUAUCAGACAGAAUUAAACGACGACGCAAGAAAAUCAAUUAUCGGGAACAAGACGAAGACGAUACUGAUGUGGAGCAACAAUCCCUUGACAGCGAUGAAGAGGUUAUUCAUUCUGUGGACAUGCAAGUAUCGGACAGAUCUGUUAAACGACGACGCAAGAUAAUCUCUUCUCGGGAAGACGACACUGAUGUAGAGCAACAAUCCCUUGACAGUGAUAAAGAAGUAUCAACUAUCCGAUUAGUGCAAGAUAGAAGUGGGGUCCAUUUAUCACGUGAAACACUAAAAUGGUUUCAAAAUCAUCCGGAGAUUCAUUUAAUCACUUGGCCUGCUCGUUCGAUCGAUCUAAAUUUAAUCGAAAAUGUCUGGGAAGAAAUAAUUCAACGCUGGAAACCAAGAAAGGAAAAGACAGUGGAAGCGUUAGUCGAUCAUGUGAAAGAACUUUGGGAAGACCUUCGGUCACAACCUAACUUUCUAGCAAACUUAGUUGAUUCGAUACCUAAUCGACUGAAUCAAGUUAUUAAACGUGGAGGACAAUGGACUGACUACUGACUUAAUUAUCAGUUUCAAUUUUUUCAACACAAAAAUCGGUUCUUUUUACCAAGACCAUCAAAAAUUUGUAGCAGUAUUUACAUCGCAAUCAGUAUAAGAAAAGUGAUUUAUAUUGUCGAAUAAAAUCUUAAAAAAUAUACGUUGCAAAA